UAGCAGAUUUAGGCAAAUUUAUCUCCGAAAUAAUGGAAACGUCGAGUGAAACUUGCUUUAAAAUUAACAAAAGAAUUACUCGCCUAAUGCGACAACUUCGGGGAAGACCUAAAUUUAGUAUUAUUAACACCUAUGUUGAUACUAAUAACAAUCAAGACAACGGCAGCCAUAUCAUUAUCAAUAUGAACAACAAUAAAAUAGUUCAAAGCACUGAUCAAUGUUCUAUUAAUGCUUAUCAUAAAAUAUCAAACGAGAAUUCAACUGUUGAUGAAGAAUCAAGUGAAAAAGAUGAUAAACCUAACUUCAAGCAUUCCCAAGCAGUAACCUUGCUCAUGUUUUUUCUAAUAUAUGUCCUUCUUGGUGCAUUUAUUAUGCCUUUUUACGAGCCUGAUAUGGUAUUUUUUAAGGCGAUUUAUUUCAAUUUUGUCUCGCUAACUUCGAUUGGUCUUGGAGAUAUUGUACCUCAAAGUGAAUCAUACAUGGCACUAACGCUGCUCUAUAUUGCGGUCGGACUUGCUAUUACGACAAUCGCAAUUGAAAUAGCAGCAGAUUAUCUUAAAAAGUUGCAUUACUUUGGCAGGAAGAUUGAAAAUGUUGGAAAUGUGGUUAUAUGGUUUGGGGGGAAAAAAUUAACUAUGAAGCAAUUGGUCAAAAAUUUGGGUGAUCAAUUCAAUUUGCCCGUGCAUGCUGUCAAAACACUGGACUUAGACAAAUUUGUUGAUGAUGCUAUUAAAGUAGAAGAAGGCGAGCUUGAAACCUUAAGACCUCCACCUAUAGAACCAAAGGAUCUCUUGGAGGAUGGGACAUUAAAUUUUGCUGACGACGAUGGAACAGAAGGGAAUUUGCAUUGGAUUCGUCAAAGAUCUCCCUCAACAUCGCCAGAACUAGAGAGAAAUCCAACGUUUCAACAAAAUUCGGAGCAUGAUCAAGAAUUUGACCAAGAACACGAAGAACAUGCAACAGAAACGAAGGAAGAAAGUUUGGAUCAUUCAAAAGAUUCUGAAAAUUCUGAAAAGGAAAUGGAGUCUGAAAUUUCUGAAGAGAUUAUAGAUAUUUCACCUUUGUAUUAUGAAGAACCUAAAGAAGACAUGAUUGCAACUAAUUGUGAUAAAGAGUCAUCUCCUUCAGAAGCUGGUGGUAAGAAUUUAUAA